CAGCCACAGCUCAGGGCAGGAGCACAGUGACACCCUGGCAUGGCACACUUGGGAUGGGGGGUUGGCUGGGACACGGAGACAGCGGAGACUCGGGGACAGCUGUGGCCAGGGUGUGCGGACAGCCACAGUCAGGGUGCUCGACGUGGCUGGGUUGGGGGAUGGCCAUCCUUGGGCAUGCGGGGAGAAAUCAGAACACGAGGACUACCACAUCCUGGGAAAGCGGGAGACUACUGGGAUAAGGGGACAGCCCUGCCUGGGGACAUAGGGACAACCCUAUUCGGGAACGCUGUGCACGGGGACAGCCGUGACACGGGGACAUUGCCACUCUCUGCUCUCUCUGUCCCCAGGCCUCACAGUAAUCCUUGUCCCAUCCCUGCUUCCCCCGGCCACCCACCCCGCCUCGGAGACCCCACGGGACGAUGAACGUGCUGGCUCCGGUCCGCAGGGACCGGGUCAUCGCCGACCUGCCCCCGUGUUUUCGGAAGGAGGCCGCCCUGCAAACCCGCCCCGCCUUCCACCCCACAGUGGCCAGCGCCUGCCAGGAGCAGCGGACGGGCACUGUGGGGUUCAAGAUCUCCAAGAUCAUCGUGGUGGGGGACCUGUCGGUGGGGAAGACCUGCCUGAUCAACCGCUUUUGCAAGGACACUUUCGACAAGAACUACAAGGCGACCAUCGGUGUGGAUUUCGAGAUGGAGCGGUUUGAGGUGCUGGGGGUGCCCUUCAGCCUUCAGCUGUGGGACACAGCUGGCCAGGAGCGCUUCAAGUGCAUCGCCUCCACCUACUACCGCGGAGCACAAGCCAUCGUGAUCGUCUUCGACGUCAACGAUGUGGCAUCCCUGGAGCACACACGGCAGUGGUUGGCUGACGCCCUGAAGGAGAACGACCCGUCCAACGUGAUCCUCUUCUUGGUGGGCUCCAAAAAGGAUCUGAGUACGCCGGCGCAGUACAGCCUGAUGGAGAAGGACGCUCUCAAGGUGGCCCAGGAGAUGCAGGCGGAGUACUGGGCUGUCUCCUCGCUCACUGGGGAGAACGUGCGGGAUUUCUUCUUCCGUGUGGCGGCCCUGACCUUCGAGAGCAGCGUGCUGGCCGAGCUGGAGCGCAGCCACACCCGCAGGAUCGGCGACACCGUGCGGAUCAGCAGUAACGAGAGCGACCUGUACCUGUCGACGCCCCGCAAGAAACCCAAGUGCUGCCAGUGAGGGGGCACCCCCUGCCCCCGCCUUGCUCACACCUAUGGACCAAAGAGGGGCGACCCCGGCCGGGCCCAAGGAGCCGUCCCUGCCACUCACCAGCCCCCCUGGCCUCUUGCCUGCCCAGGCACCCCCGGCCAGGGUGGGCA